UCUGUCACUUGUCACCUGUGCUUGUCACAAUGCAAACAAAAACAUUCGAUUUUUGUAAAAACUAUGUUUGAAACCAUGAGAAGAAAAGUGAGCAAGCUAAAAUAUUACAAAACUUCAAUUUUGAUGGUUUUCUCAUUUUUGUUCGGUUGUAUGUUAACAAUAAACCUAACCCCCAUCGACAAGACUUGUAAAAUUGAAGAUUCAGAUAGGGAAUACAACAUCAUGAGAAACUCAAAGUUAAAAAAUCCGGACCUCAUUAUUUUAAUUCUCUCAGCCCCCAGAAAUAUGGACAGGCGAAAUGUGAUUCGCCAAACUUGGCUUCAACUCGUGGAUACGAACCCUGAAGAUGAGGAGAAUAUUAAAUUUAAAAUGAAACAUUACUUUGUCAUUGGAAGUUUAGGUUUGUCUGUUGAUGAUAUUUUACAUUUAAGUACUGAACAAUCUCAGUUUAGUGAUAUUUUAAUUCUUCCUAUGUAUGAUAGUUACCAGAAUCUUACAAUGAAAGUGUUGAAAAGUUUUGAGUGGUUGGAUGAGCAAUUUGACUAUGGAUUGGGGUUCAGAUAUGUCCUCAAGUGUGACGAUGAUAGUUUUGUGCGGCUUGAUAAACUAUCAACAGAGAUUGCAAAUGUGGAACUAAUUUAUCUCAAAUCUGAUUUGAAAUACGUCAAAUCAUUGGCUGAAAAUGAUGCGUCCCCAUUUAUUCGGUCAAACGUGCAAAUAAACAAAGAUGGCACCAAAAACGAAUUGGAGUUGUACUGGGGUUACUUCCAUGGGAGCGCCAAAGUAAAAACUGCAGGGAAGUGGAAGGAACCCAACUGGAUAUCUUGUGAUAGAUAUGUACCUUAUGCCCUUGGAGGAGGGUAUAUUUUAUCAAGAAAACUUAUAUCAUUUAUUGCUCAGAAUCGAGAUAAUUUUAGACAGUAUAACUCUGAAGAUGUGAGUGUAGGGAGUUGGUUGGCCCCUGUCACAAAUAUUUUGAGACUCCAUGACAUAAGAUUUGAUACUGAGUGGACUUCAAGAGGUUGCCAAAACUUCUACUUGAUCACUCAUAACAUAACAAAGGAAGAAAUGCAGAAAAUGUACGAUAACAUCAUCACAACUAAUAAUUUAUGUAGUGCAACCAGUAUAAAAAGACGCCAUUAUUUUUAUAACUGGGCUGUGCCCCCUAGUCAGUGUUGUAACCUCAAAGAGAAAGAAAAAACUUAAAAUUGUAUUUAUUUACGUUCAUGCAUUUUUACAAUAAACUCAUCAAUCAUCA